UUAUUAUGUUGCAUACGUAGCCUACCAAGGCGUUUCAGCGUAUCCCAGCGAAUUUAAUAUGGAAAACAACAUUUUCCAGGAUUUGUCUUUUGGAAGCAGGUGAACUCGACUUGAAUAUCUAAACCGUGCAAAAAAUGCGGUAACAUUCGAUGGUUAUCAUUGAAUGCAUCUCCUCUUUAUUGCUUACAAAGACAAGUUGCGACCCGCAGAGAUUGAUGCUUUUCUACUACGGCUCUAUCCGAGGUCCUGAAUUGUGUUAACGUCAUCUACGCCCCUGAUGCUGCGCAGCCGCCCCCUUGGUUUUGUGUUCGUCUUUUCAUUUGGACCUGCACAAACAAAAAGCUUGGCAUGCAGUUUCAUUUAACCGGACAACACAAAGGACAAUACCUUCGUGUUUUCUAAUAGGCUACGGAUUAUUCCCAAUCGCCAUUUUCAACGAUCAGACGCGGACAGGAUGGACAACGACUACUCCACCUUCGAAAACCCACUCUACAGUGAACUGAAAUAUUUUUGUAAAAAGAUACAAGAGGCAUACAAAGAACUGAAGGAAGAUCUAACGCCGUACAGGGACGAUCGAUUCUACAGGCUGGCUCCCAUGCGCCUCUACACACUCUCCAAACGACAUUUUGUUUUGGUGUUUGUUGUUUUCUUAAUCUGCUUUGGCCUCACAGUCUUCAUUGGCAUAGCAGGUCCAAAAAUAAUUUAUGAAUCGCCAUGCAGUGGUGCAAAGCUGUUGGCUGCGAAUAGUUCACUUAAGUCUGGCCCAUUCAAUUUAAAGUCUCCACCACUGUCCACCUAUAAUCAGCAGCUGUGGCUGACCUGUGUAAUCCAGCCUGAUCAAACCAAUGGGGCAGACUUCCAUCAGCCGUUUGAGAUAAACGUGGAGCUGAAGGGCGUGAUGCAGGACACCAGCGUGAUGCACGUCAACAACAACGUGCACCAGAAAUCUCGGACCCUGCACUGCAGCGCUGCGAGUAAAUGUGAUGAGAUCAUUGUAGUGCACCUUGGCUAUCUGAACUACACUCAGUAUCAGAUCAAUGUGAGCUUCAAAGGCCUGGAAAAUCUGACCUACAAUAUCAAGGAGGUUAAUUUCACGUGGAAGCUCUACAACUCCUCGUUUUCACAGGUGGAAAUCUGGUUUCGAUUCGUGUUUGUGGUCUUAACCUUUAUGGUCACAUGCAUGUUCGCUCAUUCACUGCGCAAGUUCUCCAUGAGGGACUGGGGCAUUGAACAGAAGUGGAUGUCCAUCUUGCUGCCCCUCCUCCUGCUUUACAAUGAUCCUUUCUUCCCACUGUCGUUCUUGGUGAACAGUUGGUUCCCGGGAAUGUUGGAUGCCCUUUUCCAGGCAGUGUUCUUGUGUGCCCUGCUACUGUUCUGGCUCUGUGUCUACCAUGGCAUCCGUGUUCAAGGAGAGAGAAAAUGCUUAACGUUCUACCUGCCCAAGCUGGUUAUCGUUGGCCUGCUGUGGCUGUCCGCUGUUACGCUGGGAAUAUGGCAGACGGUCAAUGAGCUGCACGAUCCUACUUACCAGUACAAAGUAGACAUUCAGAAUUUCCAGGGAAUGAAGAUGUUCUUCCUGGUGGUGGCAUGCCUGUAUGUCCUGUAUCUGAUCUUCCUGAUUGUGAGAGCCUGCUCAGAGCUGAAAAACAUGCCUUACUCAGAUCUCCGUCUGAAGUUUUUGACUGCACUGACCUUUGUUGUGCUGAUUAUCAGCAUGGUGAUACUGUACUUGAGGUUUGGUGCCAAGGUCCUGCAAGACAAUUUUGUGGCAGAGCUGUCUACCCACUAUCAGAACUCAGCUGAAUUUUUAUCCUUCUAUGGCCUACUCAACUUUUAUCUCUACACUUUAGCUUUUGUGUACUCUCCUUCGAAAAAUGCCCUGUAUGACUCACAGCUGAAGGAUAAUCCUGCUUUUUCAAUGCUGAAUGACUCAGAUGACGAGGUUAUAUAUGGGAGUGACUACGAAGAGAUGCCUCUGCAAAAUGGCCGUGCCAUCAAAGCUACAGCCAAGUACCAGGAUGAGAGUGACAGCGACUGAGUGACCUCCGAGUGCCAUACCUUCCUAACGUCAACUUAAGAGGAGCGCUGGGGCUACAAACGUAUCAAGCCACAAUAUGUAAAUACAGCGUCUUGUUUAAAUUAAAUGAAAAUGGUAUAUAUAUUUUUAAACUGAACAAUAGCCACUGAAUGUAAUUUAAUUUGAAUAAAAUAUUAGGUAGGCAUGUACUGAAAUAUGCUGGUAGCAUUUGGCUGGUAAGCAGUCUAAAGAUGCAUCAUGGCCAGCUAGUUUCUAUAAGAUAGUCACCAGCUCUUCAGUAUGUUUUUUUUUGUUAUAAUUUCUAAUUUUUGAUUUCAUUGUGGUGAACAGAUGAAUUUGGACGAUAUGGCAGGAAAAGGGAAGUGUGCUCAGAGAUACUACAUGCUGUACAUACUGUAUUUACAUAUACAAAUUAGUGCUUUGAUUUUUAAAUAGGUGUAAAACCAUUAAUUCUUUCUGUUGGAAAGCUUUGUGUGUUAUUCUGCCAUUCCAUCAACUUCUCCUUCAAUACACACAGACAGCACCGGGUGUUUGUCGAGUCGUGACGUUGUUGAGAAGACCCUUAAGUUGUAACUUGUUUACGUGCCACUUGCCUAAUUCAUCCCUGUUUGUGGAGCAGCUUUAAAUUUGCACUCCCUGUUUUUGUUUGUGAUUUAAUUUAUUUAAGCUGAAGGCCAGCCUAUAGCGCAAGGCACAUUUGUGUUUGUAUAGGUGAUACAAGAAUUUGUUCUUAAAAUUUGUCAUACUUCACAUUCCCAAGGCUAUCAUAUGGACAGGUUUAAUUCUGAAAAUCAUAUUUUACAGUACCCUGCUAGUGCUAUUUUGGUGUACCGUUGCCAUAUAAAAUGUGAAUGGAACUCACCUUAGUGAAACUGUAUAGUAAUUGGUGUAAUAUUAAGGAUGCUUUACUUGUUCACAUCUAACAUUGUCUGAGCCAUUGCACAAACUGGUUGCCAAAGUUUUGACAUCAAUAUUAAAACCGUUUUUCCACAUUCAUUUAAAUAAUUAACACACAGGCCUGUCUGUUAGCUAUCAGGAGUUAUCAUGAUUUUGAAGUGUUCAGAACACAAACAGUAUGCAGUUCUCCACUGCAUACUCAGUUGUGAUUCAGCAUACAAAUUAUUGGAUACUGUUUUGUUGAUCUUUUAAGUUUGAUGAGGUUGAGACCCUUCAUUCUCCCAGUUUAAAAUAUUUCCACAUAUCUCAUGCAAAUGCCUUUAAAAGAAUCGAAGUAUUGAACUUCUACCAUUUCUACAGAAAGUCCAAGAUUUCACUCCCUGCUUUUCCAUUUUUACGUUGUGUUUGGCUGAUGUUAAUGUAAAUUUAACAGUUUGCAUACAGGCAAACGAGUCAUUAUUUAACACAGCUAUGUGUUGAUUCAACACAAACCAAAAAUGUAUUUUGUGUGGGAGGAAAAGUGAUGUAAUUUAACCAUCAAAACGUCUUGUGCCUUGCCUACUUUAAAUCCAAUAUGUACAUAAGUAAGUGGGGGGAUUUCCCACACCAAGAUUAAGUUACAAAUGAUGCACAGAUUUAACUAAUCAUUUGAGAUGACCAUGUAAGUUUGAGGAGCCACUGGAUAUAAUGGUUUAACUGAAUGUAAUGAUGGUGAGGUAAUCAAUACAAAAUCUUUGUCUGUAGCAUUGUUUAUUCUAAACGGCACAGGUUAUUCUUGAUGUUUCUGUAAGGGAAUUGCUGUUGUCAUUUCAAACUAAUAAAUGCAUCUCCAUCCUUCAUCACUGAAUUGUGUGGAAAUACUUCUAAAUGU